GCGCUUGUGUGGAAAGACCAGAGAACGUCUGCAUCUCCUGAAGCUGCUGUGUGCUGGACUGACACCGCUGGAGAAGACAAGCAUCGCUGUCUGCCAUGUAUCAUCUGAAAUUGUCCUCUCAGAUUCUGAUCUUCUUUGUGAUGCUGCAUUGUGUCGCUACAGUUCCCCACAACAGGUACUCGCUUCCCUCAAUCGAGCGGCCAGAUGCCCUUGGAGAGGCUGACGGAUGGCUGCUCACGGAUCUCUCUGAUAAUCCCUUCCUGAGUCUCACAAGGCCACGGCCUCCACGGGGACUCAACAGUCAUCACGUGGAAAAGAGGAAGUGCAACACAGCCACCUGCGUGACUCAGAGAUUAGCAGACUUUCUCAUCAGGUCCAGCAACACCAUCGGCACAGUCUACGCACCGACCAACGUAGGAUCCAACACUUACGGAAAGAGGGACCUGCUGCAGUCGCCUGUUUAUCUGUAGUUCACAGAGCGAAACGCAGAAGAAUAAACAGAACAUGUAUGAUACUUCUAAAAA